UGGUGCUCGUGGUCAUUUCUCUUUGAACAGUGGCCGUGGGUGCAUGCGGUCGUGAUCCCAUUCUUUGGCCAUUUGCAUAAAAUUUCACCAAAAUGGAUUUUACAGAGACCAAGCUCAAGCGCAAUCCAGUAGAGAAAGCAAACCCAAUCUCAAGACUAUUCUUCUUGUGGCUCGUACCAUUAUUCAGGAAAGGGUACAAACAAGAUCUUGUAUUCCAAGACUUGUACACAGUUAUUAAAUCUGAUCAUGCAGAGACUCUGGGGGAUAAGUUGGAAGCAGCUUGGAAUAAAGAAUUAGAAAGUGCCAAAAUCCGUGGGAAAAAACCCAGCCUUUCCAAAGUUUUGUCUCUCUUUGUUUGGAAGCGGCUAUUGUUCAGUACUUUAUUCUACUGUUUCGAUGCCUGGAUAGUUUCCGUGUCUCAACCGUUACUACUUCGAGCUCUGAUCCAAACUGUAAAUGAUGGAAACAAGAACUCAUUAGAAGCAUUUUUAUACGCGGGCGGAAUUUGCAUUACAACUUUUGCUCAUGCAAUUAUAUUACAUCCUACGGUAUUUACUUUGUUCCAUAUGGGUAUGCAAUACAGAGUUGCGACGUCGGCGUUAAUUUACCGAAAAGCCUUACGUCUCAGCAAAGCUUCACAAGGCAAUGCAACCGUAGGAAAACUAGUCAAUCUUUUGAGCAAUGACACGUCGAGAUUUGAUAUCAAUAUGAACUUUAUUCCAUUUCUGGCUGCAGGCCCAGUGCAAUUCAUCAUCUUUUCCUAUUUUUUAUACGAUGUCAUAGGACCAGCAUGUUUUGCUGGGAUCGGAUUCAUUGUACUCUUGCUUCCCAUGAUGUAUCUAAAUGGAAAGUAUUCAGCAAAAUUCCGAUUAAGUGUCGCGAAUAGGACGGACACACGUGGAAAAAUAAUGAAUGAAUUAAUUGUUGGGAUUCGCGUCAUUAAGAUGUACGCGUGGGAAGUUCCGUUCUCCAUGCUAAUCGAUCAAGUCAGAAAAUUAGAAGUAGAUGAACUCAAGAAGAGGGCAAUCUUGAAAGGAAUUAAUUUAGCUGUCAUCAAUUUUGGUCCAAAGUUCAUUGCCUACGUCACCUUUUUAGUUUACGUUCUGCUCGAUAAUCAAAUGUCAUCAGAAAAAGUGUUCUUUACACUGACGACACUUUACGUCGUUACACAAAUCAUGGUACACUUUAUGCCACAGGCAGCCGCUGGAAUUGGCGAAAUUCUUGUUGCGACUCAGAGGAUAGAAGAAUUUCUGUUAUUGGAAGAGCAAACGAAAGGUGAAAUGUUGGUUCAACAUUUAACAGCAUCAGAUCCAGAAAUUAGGUUUGAAAAUGUCACAGCCAGUUGGACGAAAGAUCGAAUAACUUUGGAUGACAUUACCCUCAAUGUGUCAGGAGAUAAACUUCUCAUGGUCGUGGGUGCAGUGGGUUCUGGAAAAUCAUCAUUUUUGCACUCAUUAAUUGCCGAAUUGUCAGUCUCGAGAGGACAAAUCACCGUGUCAGGAACAACUUCUUAUGCAUCUCAAGAACCUUGGAUCUUUGCUGGGAAUUUGAGACAAAAUAUUUUGUUUGGUCAGCCUUUCGAUUCGGCACGGUACUGGGCGACAGUAAAAGCCUGUGAACUUGACCCUGAUUUAAUCCAAUUACCCUUCGGCGACCAGACAAUUGUUGGGGAGAGGGGGGUAGCUUUGUCUGGAGGGCAGAAAGCUAGGGUGGGUCUUGCGAGGGCGUUGUACCGAAAAAGUUUGAUAUAUUUGUUGGACGAUCCCUUAAGUGCAGUUGACAGCAAAGUAAGCCGGCAGCUUUUUGAAAAGUGUAUACGAGGAUAUUUAGCAGGAUCACUUCGAGUAUUGGUUACUCAUCAGUUGCAGUACUUACCACAAGCAGAUCAGAUUGUAGUAUUACAUCAGGGAAAAAUUUUGGCACAAGGAAAUUAUGACGAACUUGUCUCAAAAGGAAUUGACUUUGUCAGUCUUAUGACAUCAGAAUCUGGCUUGGAUGAAGCUACCAGAAAAAUUAGUGUUGUCCACAAUGAGAAGAAAACUGAAGAGGUAGCUCCUAGUGAUUCUAAACCAGAGAAACAGUCUGAAAAGAUGUUGGCUGGUUCCGUGACAGGAAAAACGUACCUGGAGUACUUCAACACUGCAGAAUCUUUCAUCGGUCUAGUGUUUUUAAUAGUUUCGUUUCUCAUGGCUCAAGUUCUCUUAAGUGGGAACGACUAUUGGUUAUCUUUUUGGGCGAAUGACGAAGAUCGUCGAAGUAGCAUAGAGCGGAACGAGACUGGCUGCAUCGGUGUCGAGUCUGUGUCUUGUGAGAACAAUUACUUGGGUCGAGACACGUACCUGUUAAUUUACACGGGAUUUAACGUAGGAGCCAUUACUCUCACCAUUACUCGAGGGGUGUGGUUUUUUCUGUUCUGUUGUAAAAUUAGUAUAAAUUUGCAUGACCGAAUGUUUCGAAGCCUAGUCCGGGCACCUACAAAGUUCUUUGAUGAGAAUCCUUCUGGGAGAGUGAUGAACAGGUUUACAAAAGAUGUUGGGACCAUAGACGAGCUGCUACCCCCGGCCAUGUCCGACGCUCUCGCGAUAUUCUUAAAUAUGAUCGGCGUGAUAACCGUCGUAAUUAUUUCAAAUGUUUAUCUCAGCGUGCCGACCGUUUUUCUGUUUAUUGCCUUAUAUUUAAUCCGCCUAUAUUUCGUCCAAACUGCUCGUUCAUUAAAACGACUCGAGUCUCUCACUAGAAGUCCUUUGUUCACUCAUUUAGCUGCGACAAUGCAGGGAAUAAGCACUAUACGAGCUUCAAAUACACAAAGUAUAUUGGUUGACCAGUUUGAUGGUCAUCAAGAUAUGCACUCAUCGGCAUGGUACUUAUUUCUAGCGUCGAAUCGGUGGUUUGGAAUCUGGUUGGAGUUAAUUUCAUGCGGGUUUCUCACUUUUGUUGCGUUUAGUUUCCUAAUAAUUGCAAGCUCAAGUGACGGAGGAAACAUAGGAUUGGCAAUAUCUUCAGUUUUAACUCUAAUGGGCUCUUUCCAAUGGGGUAUGAGACAAUCCGCGGAGACCGAAAAUUUCAUGACCUCGGUUGAGAGGGCUCAAGAAUACGUAAAACUAGAAUCAGAAGCACCACUGGAAUCAAACUCAAAUAAAAAACCUCCAAGUGAUUGGCCCAUUGGAGGACAAAUUCGGUUUCAAAACGUAUUUCUCACUUACGGUGAAAAACCUGUUUUAAAAAACUUAACGUUUGAGAUUGGAGCAAAAGAGAAAGUUGGUAUUGUUGGCAGGACGGGAGCAGGCAAAAGCUCAAUGAUUGCUGCCUUAUUCCGAAUGACAGAACCUAUGGGGGAAAUUUUCAUAGACGGCGUCAACAUUGGUGAAAUUGGACUGCAUGACUUGAGAAAGAGCAUCUCAAUCAUUCCACAAGAUCCUGUUUUAUUUUCUGGAGACGUUAGGUAUAAUCUGGAUCCAUUUGGGAAGUUUCAGGACUUGGAACUAUGGCGUGUCAUUGAAGAGGUUGAGCUUAAAGAUGCAGUGCCAAGUUUGGAUUUCAAAGUAGCCGACGGUGGAAGCAACUUCAGCGUGGGCCAGCGUCAACUUGUAUGCUUAGCCAGGGCAAUUUUACGAAAAAAUCGCGUUUUGCUGAUGGAUGAAGCUACCGCUUCUGUAGACGCUCGCACCGAUGCAUUGAUUCAGAAAACAAUUCGUUCAAAAUUUUCGGAUUGCACAAUCAUCACAAUUGCUCACAGACUUCACAGCGUUAUUGACUGUGACAAAAUUUUAGUCCUAGACCAUGGUAAUUUGGAGGAAUUCGGACACCCCUAUUCCCUGUUACAAAAUACUGAAGGUAAACUAACCUCAAUGGUAGCACAAACUGGGAAACGAAGUGAAGCCAUGUUACGCCGAUUAGCACAAGAAGUUUAUUCCGGAAGACGAAUAUCUUACAGUGAACCCAUACCAGAACCAGAUGACGAACCAGAAUGAAUAUCAAAAUCAUAUUUUUUUAAUACGUAAAGAUACAAUUACUAUGUAAUAUAUAGCAUAAAAUGAGUUAGUAAAGUUAUUGAAAAACAAUAA